GGAUGUGGUAGCCCUAGCGUUGUGGCGAUCGAACGUAUGUGUCGGUCGUAAUAUUUAUCGUAUUUGGGGGCAUAUUAUGGAAAUAAGGACUAUGGGGGAACGCGUUUUUGCUGCCGAAUGCAUACAGAAGAAGCGUAUACGCAGGGGAAAAGUCGAAUUCUUCGUCAAGUGGAAAGGCUGGUCCCCAAAGUAUAACACGUGGGAGCCGGAGGAAAACAUCCUGGACGCCCGACUCAUCCAGGCCUUUAACUCGCAGUACGAGAAAGAAAACCAUGUACGGCGAAGGGGGCCGAAACCCAAGAAGAUGCGACUUCAGGAGUCGGACGACUCCGACCAGAGACGACAAGACAGUUCAGAGUUCUCGGCAGCAGACAGCGACAAGGACCCACCCAGCGACGACGAUACAGACGACUCCAGCUCGGAAGAAAUCUCGUUUAAGAUAUCGGACCGAAAGAGUCCGAUUUCUUCUCACCAUGGAGAUGGCGCUUCCAACUCCGUGUUGCCAGAAGGCGACCUUUCAGUAUCGAAGGAAGAUACGGAAUCGCCACAAAAUAACGAUUCAUUCAACUCUAUGUCCUCUGGUCCACGGGUUCUCUCCGCCCGACGGAUCCCAUUCACUCCACCACCACAACUGAUACCCAUUAAACGGCCGCGAGGUCGUCCCCGUGGCCGACCGCCUUUGUCUGGAAGGGGCGGUCCACCCACUUUGAGGCUCAAUGUUGGCGUUAUUCGUGGUCGUGGCCGUGGACGAGGGCGUGGUUCUCCUGGCAGAGGACGUGGACGAGGCCGCCCUCCUCUUGGGGGAAGGGGCCGUGGUAUAUCUGGAAGGGGAAGAAUGUCACGCGGGAGAGGGUUAGGUAGAGGGUUACGUGGUGUGGGACGAAACACCGUUAUCAGAAAGCCGAACUCGAAUUUAUUAUCACUAACCAAUAAACCCAAAGUCAAGAAAAUCCACGAAGGACAAAUGAAAAUUAAAGAUAUGGAAUUUCCCAAAUCUAAAAAGAUUGAGACGGGAAUGUUUCUGAAAGACAGAAAAGAUAACCUACAAGGUGUUAGUAUACUUGAGAAGGAAUCUCGACACGAGUCUGGCAAAUCGAUCCAUUUUUCACAACCUGUGGAGCAGAGAGACUACUGGCGUCCUCCUUCAGACGUCAAAACCAUGUUGGACCACGUGAUGGUGACUGACGUCACAACAACAGGAGGGACAAUAACAGUGCGCGAAUCUUCAUCCAAUUCCGGAUUCUUUCAAGAGAGAGAUAGUGAGCUUUCUGUCGAACAAGCAUAAACAAUGCGUCACGCAUGUCCAGUUUGUGCAGUCAUCACGACCAUUGAAGUGAUGUAUGAACGGUGUUUUAAGUUAAUUAAUGUCAUAUGAUCGCCAUAUUCCGCUCAGACGCAAUUGUACAGACAGGGACCAGACGCACUGUUAGAGGGACACUUUAGGGAAGGUUUAUUUAUCUUGUUAUAUUAGCAAUUUAUGCCAAAAUAUAUAGGAAGGGCGCAGUUUUCAUGUAAAUUAAAACUAAAUAACCAGAAA